UUUCCGGACGGGUUCGGUCGGGCUGUGUGGAGGCGGGGUGGGAAGGUCUCCGAUUGCUGCCCCUGUGUGAUGUUUGACUUGCUGUGUUAACGGGAGCAUUGGAGAGGCUGGUGGACGGUGGGACAUGUCGGCUGUCCUCGGCUGCACAGACAGAUGUUGAAGUGAGUGGGUCGUGUGCCACCAUUACACCAUGUACUCUGAGUGGCGGUCUCUGCAACUCAUCAUCCAGAGUGACCGAGGUCACAUGAGCGUUCUGCAUAGCUAUCCCAGCACCGUUGGUAAAGAUGUAGCUAAUGCUGUGGUCCGUCCUCUGGGGCAGGGACUGAACAGUUCUUCUGUAACCAGCAAUGAAAGCAUUCUAAAAACCGACAAAGAGGUGAAAUGGACUAUGGAGGUCCUCUGUUAUGGACUGACUCUGCCUCUGGAUGGGGAAACAGUAAAGUUAUGUGUGGAUGUUUAUACCGAUUGGAUUAUGGCUUUGGUGGCUCGCCGUGACUCUAUCCCUCAGCCCAUUGUCAAAGAACCAAAUUUAUACGUGCAAACUAUUCUCAAACACCUGCAGAAUCUGUUUGUUCCUCGACCAGACUACGCUCAUAACCAGAUCUCACUGUGCAUGCGAGUUCUAGUAGCAGUCCAGAAAUUAGCACGUGAAUCUGCCAACAUGUCAAGGGAAACAUGGGAAGUUCUGUUGCUCUUCCUAUUGCAAAUUAAUGACACGCUUUUGGCAGCUCCAACAGUUCCAGGAGGAUUAGCAGAAAAUCUUGCAGAUAAGUUAAUUGGUGUACUGUUUGAAGUUUGGUUCCUGGCUUGUACGCGAUGUUUCCCGACGCCACCGUAUUGGAAGACUGCUCGAGAAAUGUUGGCCAAUUGGCGGCACCACCCAGCUGUAGUAGAACAGUGGAGUAAGGUCAUAUGUGCACUGACCUCUAGGCUGUUGCGGUUUACCUAUGGUCCUUCGUUCCCUCCAUUCAAAGUUCCAGAUGAAGAUGCAAUCCUGAUUCCAGCAGAAAUGGACAAUGACUGUAUUGCACAGACUUGGUUUCGUGUUCUGCACAUGCUUAGCAAUCCAGUGGAUCUGAGUAACCCAGCCAUAAUAAGCACCACGCCAAAAUUCCAGGAACAGCUGCUGAGUGUUAGUGGGAUGGCACAGGAAAUGAUACAACAUCCAUGCCUCAAACAACUGCCUCAGAUCUUCUUCCGAGCCAUGCGUGGUAUUAGCUGUCUGGUGGAUGCCUUUCUCGGUAUUUCCAGGCCUCGUUCUGACAGUGCUCCUCCUACUCCAGUCAACAGGCUAAACAUGCCGCAGGCAAGCAAUACCAUGAACACAACCCCCCCUCACAGCAGGAGAAUGCGAUCUGUGACUGUUACAAAAGCAACUGUUAAAACAAGUUCAGGGAGCACUGCACAUCCUCCAAAAGUUACUCAUCAGACAUCCACCACUUCUCCACUGUCCAGCCCAAACCAGACCAGUUCAGAGCCAAGACCUCUACCUGCACCUACUCGUCCCAAGGUCAACAGUGUGCUGAAUCUGUUUGGUCAGUGGUUGUUCGAUGCAGGAUUAGUUCACUGCAGACUGCACAAUGGGAUGAACAGAGAUGGCAGUAUGACAGCAUCUUUUAUCCAAAUUCUUCUUUCUUAUAAAUCUUGUAUUACAACUCCAGCAGGACUGGAUGUCCGACGGAAACCCUCGCAGAUAUCCACUGAAAAUAUGGUUGCCAAUCCGCUCUUCGAUGCAAAUGAAUUUCCAGAUAACUAUGAAGCAGGGAGAGCUGAGGCCUGUGGAACACUGUGCCGAAUCUUCUGCAGUAAGAAAACGGGGGAAGAAAUCCUUCCAGUGUACCUGUCCAGGUUCUAUAUGGUGCUGAUCCAAGGCCUGCAGAUAAAUGAUUACAUUUGCCGCCCAGUUUUGGCUAGUAUCAUCCUGAACUCUCCGGCUUUGUUUUGCUCUGAUCUGAAAGGCAUCGAUGUUUUAGUUCCCUAUUUCAUUUCUGCAUUAGAGACAAUAUUGCCUGACCGAGAACUCUCAAAGUUCAAAGCAUAUGUAAAUCCCACUGAACUUAGAAGAGCAUCUAUCCACAUUCUACUGUCAAUGCUGCCUCUUCCCCAUCACUUUGGGACAGUUAAAGCAGAGGUACUUUUGGAAGGAAAGUUCAGUAACGAAGAUUCUUCAUUACAUGACAAGCCAGUUACCUUCCUCUCUCUGAAACUGCGGCUUGUCAAUGUGUUAAUUGGUGCCCUACAGACUGAAACCGAUCCUAACAAUACACAAAUGAUUUUAGGUGCCAUGUUAAAUAUUGUUCAAGAUUCUGCACUUUUAGAAGCAAUUGGUUCUCAGACAGAGCUGAGUGUUGGUGAUAGCACUCAUGUGUCACUCAAGAGUCACAGUCGAAACAGCAGUGGUAUCAGUAUGACCAGCACGGGUAGCUCAGAGGCCACAACACCAGACAGUGAAAGACCAGCACAGGCUCUUCUGCGGGAUUAUGCUCUUCAUACAGAUACAGCAUCGGGACUACUGAUUCGCAGUAUCCAUUUGGUGACACAGCGACUGAACUCCCAAUGGAGACAGGACAUGAGCAUCUCGUUGGCAGCACUUGAAUUGCUCUCCGGGUUAGCCAAGGUAAAAGUGAGCGUGGAUUCAACAGAUCGAAAACGUGCAGUUAGUUCAGUGUGCAGUUACAUCGUGCACCAAUGUAGCAGACCGGCUCCAUUUCAUUCCCGAGAUCUGCACUCCAUGAUUGUUGCAGCCUUCCAAUGUCUCUGUGUCUGGCUCACAGAGCAUCCGGAUAUGCUAAAUGAAAAGGAUUGUCUGAUAGAGGUGCUGGAGAUUGUUGAACUGGGAAUCUCGGGGAGCAAGUCUAAAACCAGCGAUCAGGAGGUGCGGUACAAGGGAGAUAAGGAACCAAACCCUGCUUCGAUGAGAGUAAAGGAUGCUGCUGAGGCUACACUGACAUGUAUAAUGCAGUUGCUUGGAGCAUUCCCUUCUCCAAGUGGCCCUGCCUCACCAUGCAGUCUUCUCAAUGAAGAAACACUGAUCAAGUACUCCAGGCUGACGUCAACCAGCAAGAACCAUUUCCGGUACUUUGUCUUGGAUAACAGCAUCAUCUUAGCAAUGUUAGAGCAGCCACUGGGCAAUGAUCAGAAUCCUUGCCCUUCAGUUACUGUCCUGAUCCGGGGAAUGUCUGGGAGACAUGCAUGGACCAUGCAACUGUAUCAUCAGCCGAGGGGGUCUCGAGCAAGCCAAAAGUGUCAUCCACAGGCAUUUGUUCCUGAGCCUCAUCCACCACCAAAGGAUGACGUGGGAAUCAAGUACAAUGUCAAACAUCGGCCAUUCCCUGAGGAGGUGGACAAAAUUCCAUUUGUAAAGGCUGACCUGAGCAUUCCUGAUCUGCAUGAGAUUGUUACUGAUCAGCUGGAAGUUCAACAUGAGAAGCUGAAGAAAUUGAUGGCCAAACAAAUUCUCUAUGAAAAUGCACUGGAAAAGAUCAGUGAAGAGAGACUGUCCAAGACCGUGUUCCCUGAUCCAGUGACUGAAUGCAUCCCCCCUCCUCCUGCACAGGAAUUCCAGACUGCUCGCCUUCUCCUUUCACACUUUGGAUUCCUAUCUUUGGAAGCACUGAAGGAGCCAGGUAAUAGCUGCCGUCCUCCUAAUCUGAUUGCACUGGACUGUACUCUUGCUGGAUUUUUUGAUGACAUCGGCUACUUGGACUUGCUGCCCACCAGACCUUUUGAAACUGUCUUCAUAUUUUAUAUGAAACCUGGUCAGAAAACUAGCCAGGAGAUUCUGAAGAAUGUGGAAUCCUCCAGUAAUGUGCAGUCUAAUUUCUUGGAAUUUCUCCUUUCGUUGGGAUGGCCAGUGGAUGUUGGAAAGCAUCCGGGCUGGACAGGACACGUGUCAACCAGCUGGCUAAUUAAUGCAUGCAAUGGCAGUGAGGGGAAAGAACAAGAGGAAACCGUGGCACCAGCAGACACUGGAGGAGGUAUUUUUAAUGGAGAGAAGAGAGCCCUGUAUUAUGCUGAUGCCUUGACUGAAAUUGCCUUUGUCGUUCCCUCUUUCAUGGAGUCAUCCACUGACUCCUCAGAAAGUGGUCUCACAUUCCAAGAAGCAGAGACACAGAUGGACUUAUUGCCAAGCCUCCUGAAACAAGCCCCAUUAACCUUGGAGCUCUUCCCAAACCAUUCUGAAAACCUUAGCAACUCACAAAGGCUGAGUCCCACACAGAAAUCGAAGCGGUUGCCACUUGGGCGUACUGUCCCUCCACUGGGUCCUGAAACAAAGGUCAUUGUUGUGUGGGUGGAACGCUUUGAUGACAUAGAGAAUUUUCCUCUGCAUGAUCUUCUACCAGAGAUCAACACUGGAGUAGAGACCACUACAAAUAGCAGCACCUCUCUCAGGACCACCACGUCAGACAAGGAUGUGCCAGUCAUUUUUAUCCACCCCCUGAAGACUGGUCUCUUCAGAAUCAAAGUUCAAGGGGCUACAGGGAAGUUCAGCAUGGUGAUUCCAUUGGUCGAUGGUAUGGUAGUGAGUCGGCGGGCAUUGGGGUUUUUGGUCCGCCAAACCAUUAUAAACAUCUGCCGAAGGAAGAGGCUGGAGAGUGACUCCUACAACCCUCCUCAUGUGAAGAGGAAGCAGAAGAUAGUGGAUAUAGUCCACAAAUACCGCAACAAACUCCUGGAACCAGAGUUUUAUACCUCACUGUUCCAGGAAGUGGGGCCAAAAUCUCUGAACCCGUAGACACACUGAGAUCUUUGCCGAGAGUAUUUAUAAGCUAUUUUACUACUUAGUCAGGCACUUGGCUACUUGCGAAUGUGAUGUGAUGCACCGACUGGUAUCCAGAGCUCUGGAAAGCAGUAUAUCCCAGCUGGUUCUGUGUAAAUGUGUAUUAAGGACGUAAUGUUGAUUUUUGAGAAAUAUAUAAAAUCCAUUUUAUACUGAACUGCAAGACAGCCUUACUGAACAUAAUCGAAUUUCUGUACAAUACUUGAAAUCUGUACUAUGUAGUGUAUCUUCGAUCAACUGUGUGGCAAGGUGUGCAAUAGUGCUGUACUCUUAGCUCCCAGACCUUGCACUGAAUCCUACACGGAUAGACAGUCAUAGAGGAGGAGAGAGUUUGGGGUAGUCUCAAUCCACAAUCUGGUGGGAAUGAUUCCACAGCACAAAACUGCCCUGACAGUACAUAGUUAGCACUAAAACUAUAAGGAAUGGGGCUAGGGCUUUGAAGGAGGGAGUUAUCUUUUUCGUUUGUCAACCUUGGUCAGUGAUUUUCAUUGUUGAGACACCAAGCUAUGUUUAGUUGGAAUCUUAGUCCCAAGUCAUGUGUUUCUUCCUUGUAGGAACACAAGCACAAUAUUCGUGCAGUUAUCAGUUUCACACCAUCCCCAGCAUUAGCACAGUACACAGCACAAACAGAGGGCAUCCACUUGCUUUUUAGUCUUCCUGAUGUCCUGUGCCUGUGAAUGUUUGUACUGAAAUGACAUUUAUCAGUCUCUAUGUUGAUCCAAGAAAAAUGAAAGGAAUGUAGAAGGAGGUUAGCAAUGUAAGGAAUGGAGAAAUAUGAGGGAGUGAGGAAUUGCACAGCUAUGUCUGAACCAGUCUUUGUGGUCGGACUAAUGAUCGAACCCACUGAAGUUGAGUUUAUAUUCGGCAGUGGAAUUGCUUAUUUUUUGUCUUGGAUUUUUUCACCUUGUAGGACCUCACUACAAUUUCCCCAAGUCUUCCUCUGUUCCUGUCAGCUGAGAAUGGGGUCAAAUUUGCAAUUUCUUUCUUCUCAAAAAAAAACUGGAUGAUUAAUUCAUUGUCCACCUGUGCAUUGGUAACAUACAUUGGUUCUGCAUUAGUCUUCUCAUGUUGUCUGGAAGCUGUCCUUACUAAUUCUGCCCUGAAUCUAGAUGCAAGAAUUCCCCCUAACCAAUUAAACUGACUAAGGAUAACUUAGCGUUCCUGGCCUGUGCGCUGGAAACCACUGACCUAGGCUGUAGUUCAAAUAAAGUUAUCCUGAAAGUGCCCGCAUUUGUUUUAAAGCCGUCCACACACCACGCAGAAUUGUUUUUAUUUUGUUCAUUAAUCACGAAGCAUUUAAAAUAUUUUUACAGGUUUUAUUUUUAUACUUCAUUGCUUUUGUCAUUGCCAUUUGGGGAAAUAAUGGUUAUUUUUAAAACAGUGUCUUUGUUCCCAACACAUUUGUCUGAUUGAUAAAUGAGUCUCAUUAGAAAUCCUUACUCUGCAAUCAAUGAUCAAACAAAGCAAAUAAUGUACCUUUAGUGAACAGAGAUCAAUGCCUUCAAACUCAAGAUCUUGUACUGUACAGGAUCAAAGCAUCAAGAUUCUCCCAUACCCUUCAAUGUCCUUCAUGUUUAUUACACUUAUUGGUGAGUAAGCACCUUCCUACAUUAGUUUUAUGCUUUAUUCUAGUUGGGUGUUUUUAAAAGAAAAUUAAAGACUAUUUUAAAAAAUAAUUUAAAUGUCAUGAUUAGAUUUCUUUCCCUAAGCAAUUAAAAAGCUGGUGUUUGUUGAUGUGCUGAUAGCCAGGUUCGUGAAUCUCAGCAGUUGAGGACAAAGCUGACUGAUGAACCAACUUUGCUGAGUUAGUGAUACAUUGGAGAGGUGCCUGACACUGGAACUCUGUCCAGUCAAAUCCCAGUAAUCCUUCAAGGCAACCUCCAAACAGUAUCAGUGUUUCAAGCGGUCAGCUUAAUGACAACCUGAUUUGGAGCAAGACCUCUGAGGUUAGUGCAAAGACUUAGCUAGUUUCACCUCAGCUGAUGUAGGCCUAUUUAUGCAUGCUUAGCAUCUGCCUCACUUGGUCUAUGUUAACUGGGCCCAAAGGGUUUAAUACCAAAACAAAUGCUUUCCAACAGUCAGCAGAAGCUACAUUCAUUUGGACUUCUCAUGGUGAUUGAUUUCUGUGCAAUUCAGAUACUGAGGAACAGACUGGUGUAAUUCCUUCCUCCUCUUCUGCAGUGCCUGUGUGAAGAACAUAGUGAGUUAAGCAACCCUUUUGAUGGAGAGCGAUAAUGUUAGCAAUACUUGAUGCUAAGUAGUUUUAAUACUUUCUGUUGCAUUUAAAAAUUGCAGCAUUCCCAAUUUUUGUGUUGAAUGCAUUUGAUGGGCUAAGAGGGGGUGAAGUAAAUGUUAGAGAUUGAAGAGCUUAGAGAGAUUUGACAGGUUAUUGGCUGUUCUCAUAGAAUAGAUAUAUUAAGUUUUAAUUUUGUGCAUGAUGAGCAAUUCUCUUUUAAUUACGUGUGUCUUGCCUGCCAAAGUGGCGAGAUAUAAUUUGACUUGCGCCUUUUCCUUUUUACUCCUGUUCCUUACUGAGGCUGUUUCCUGGUUUUUGAAUUCUGAUCCGUUGAGAUAAACCCAUAGCAAAAUCCUUCAAUAUGAAAUCAUAAUUUAUUAACAGAACAUUCAAAACAUGCUUUGCUACUUCAUACUUAUACACACACACACACACAUACAAAGUACUCAGGAAAUUAAGGAAGACAAAGGAGAAGUUUAUCAAUUACAAGCGUUUGGUAAAUCCAGAGGUAUUAAAAGAAAAUGAGCCCACGAGUUCCCAGAUGUUAAUGUCCAAUAAUAGUCACCACAGUGAGUUGUGCCCUGUAGACUUUACUGUUUGCAAUGUAGGCACCUUUCCCAUCAGCAAAUUGGGGAACUGUUGAUGGAGUAUUCAAGGAAGGCUGCCAACUCAGCCUGGAGUCCUGCUUUUUUGCCUCUAGACAUCCAGCAGCAACUCACUUAGAAUUCCAGAAUUGUAUAUUCAAGCAAUUUAGCCAGAUUUGAUUUCAACAUACAACAAGAGCAGAUAUUUGAGGAGCUGAGGGUCUAUUUUGGUGGGCUGACUGAAAGAUCAUUAAGCUAGUGACAAGGUAACUGUUAAAAUAUGUUUUGCACGGGUUCUUUUAUCCAGAGCUAUCUGGAAACAAGUGUCUGACCUCUAUGCCCUUUGUCAGGUGACAAUGCAGGGGUUUCAGAAGUUUCUGGAAGUAUGAAUCUGAUUGACCUCUGCCAUUUUGAGUACCAGAAUGCUAUCGAAAGAAACAAAAUUUAACCAUGAAAAUGUAGAGUAGUUUCUUGUUGUACUCUCUAACUGUGACAUACCCAAAGAGCUAUUCUGAAUGCACAUGCUGCAGAACCCAGAGGUUGAGGUAUUCGAAUUGAUUGAAUAAUGCACUAUAACCUGCAAGUUCCCUCCAAUGUUGAUUGUUCAAAGUAGCCUGUUAUCUGGCCAACUAUAAAGUUCAGUUUUCAUUCCUGUAUUUAAACUCACGAUAAUUUGAGCGAUCUGAGGUUUGUAAAUAAUAAAGAGAUAUAUCUGGUUGAAUGCCCUGGUGAUCGAUCAGUGAGAUUCUGAUCCAUGCCUUCCUCUUCAAGGUUUUGUCUGACCAUUCCUUAGACUUUCUUUUCUUAAACUUUCUCCAGUGCAAACGUUGAAUAUUCCAUUCAUCCACAAUGCCAUCCACUCUUCUUACACCCCCACGCCCCAAUCACUCUCUCUCUUCCCUUCUAACAUGCUUAAACGUAGAGGCUGGAAUCCGAUUAUCUACAUUUUACUUCACUGAUGUUGGGAGUGCUAUGCAUUAAUUUCCUGGUGAGUUUUCAAGGUUGCAACAUUGACCCUACUUUAAAAGUGUUUCAUUGUCUGAAGCACUUUGAGGUACUUUAAAUUCAUGAAAGGUGCUACAUAAAUGCAUAUCUCCUCACUGACAGUUGUCUGUAUUGGUCGCCCUGGGGUUCCUGCAGUAGCACUGUGUUCAUGUCAGUUUGGACUUCCACCACCCGCAGACUAUUCCUAGCAGACCAGUGAGAUCUGUCUGUUCACAACCAAGCCAUUGGUCCAGAUCUAGAUUCUCACUUGUCCUGUUUCAUUUUGUUCACAUCUGAAUUUAUUUCCGAUAGCUGUAACUAUCGUCAUCUUUAGUAAAGGAGUUUACUUGGGUAAGUAAAGGACUGAAAUCUUGUCUGCAUGCUUUUAGUAAUUUUUUUAAAGAGGUUUGAGGCAUGGUAAUCCGCAAAGACACUGACUGUUAAAGUGUCACGGCUUCAUAUGGGAGGCUAGAUUGGAGUGUUGGGCUGUUAGUUUUUGGGAUAUAGAGUCCAAGUCAAUGAGCACAGUCCCAUUGGAGUUGGUGGAUAGGAUUCUCUACCACCUUGCUGCUCCUGAUCACCAGGAUCAACAAAAUCCAUUUCCAUUACAGGCAGCCCAAGUGAAAUCAGUGAAUUCAACAAAAGCUUGAAAUCUGACUUUGGACAUCACUGGGCAUGUGUUGUGUUCCAACUUCAGAGCUGUAUUCCACUGUGCUGGGCUGCUGUUAGUAAUACAUACUGCAAAUAGUCAAAUACAGUUUGUGCAGAGUAUUGAAGGGAACAUUUACAGUCCAUUGUGCACAGUCCAUUUGUUCAGUGGUAAAGGCAGUACAGGUCAUUCUGCUAUAACACAACAGUUGUGUUCCUGUACAACCCCAUGCUAUAUAAAAUUGCACUGUGCAAGAUCACCGUAGAAAAUCACUACCCAUUCACUUGAAAGUUUGCAUUAUCUAAAGUGUCCACAAUGCAUCAAUUGUGAUUAUAGACCAUUUGUGUAAACGAAAUGUGCUCAUUAAAAUAUUGAAUCAGAGGUGGUUUACAAACUGGAAGACAGCCCCUUGAUCCAUCAUGUAUGCAUCAGCUCAGAAACAAGCUACCCCGCCUCAUUACACUUCACAACAUUUGGGUUCUAGUAUUCCUGCAGCUGGUGGGAUUGGGAGAGAUGAGGGAUAACAGGGAUUUUCUACUUGUACUGACAACUCCCCCCAAUUCAUGGCCAGUAAUCUAGGACCAGCUCUCUUUAUAAUGUCUGCACCAUGUUAGGAAGCAUUCUCGCAGCACUGGGUUUCAUUUUCUGUCUUUCGUCUUUCAUGGCGUGUGCCAUUAUUAGCUUGGCCAACUUUUGCACAUUCCUAAUUACCCUCAACCGUUUUGGAAGCCAGUUCACCACAGUCAUAGGUAGGCAGGCUUCUACACCUAACGAACAUUAGUGAAGCAGGUUGGUGUUUGUGAUCAUGGAUACUCAAUUAAAAUUGUCAGAGUGUUGCUAAAACUUAUAUUCUUUUUGAAUUCCAGAUUUAUUAAUCAAGUUGAAAUUCUAUUUGCUGUGGUGGGAUUUGAAACGUGUCCCUAGGUUUCUGAAUGGCUGUUGUUUUUAUCCCUUUGUGGUAUGUGGAUGGUGCUGGCACCUCUGAUGUCUGUUGCUCUUGGCUUGAGUGGCUUCCUUGGCCAUUUCAGUCCUUACCUCUAAAAUUCCAAACUCCAGUUAAAAGUCAACCACGUUGCUAUGACCAGGUAAGGACAGCAAAUGUGACUUUCCCUAGAGGACAUUAAUGAGCCAGAUACAUAUUUUUGACACAAUUAGAAAUUGCCAUAAAAUCUCAGCAGAUCUGACAGUAGCAGCUGUGAGUGAAAGAGUUAAUGUUUAGCAGUUCUGGAUCCAAACGUUAACUUGUUUCUCUGCAGAUGCUGCCAGACCUGCUGAGUUUUCCCAGCAAUUUCUGUUUUUGUUUCUGAUUUCCAGCAUCUGCAGUUCUUUGUGUUUUCUUGUUUGGUAAUUUUGACACUUGGUAAUAGUUAUCUGGUUGCUAUUAGACAAGCUUUAAAUUCCAGAUUUUGAAUUCAUAAUUCACCACCUGUAAUGAUAGGGCUCAAAGCCAUGACCCUAGAAUAGUAGACUGGGCCUCUAACUAAUUACAUUACCAGCAAGCCAACUUCUUCCCCUCUUGACAAGGUAUGAGCCUGAUUGUACAUGGUGAAUGAAACAAGGCAUUAGUCGGCAAUCAUGUUUUCUGUACGUGGCUGGAGUGAUGGGGAUUUAUAUUUAUACUGUGCAGUGGACAGGUAGCCAGAUUCCGAAUCUCCCUGCAUCCUCAUACCACUCUUCAUCUAAGGCUUUGAGAUCCUCCUUCAAAAACAAAGUUUGACCGUUUGAAUUUCCUUUUACAAAAAUUGGCCCUGACUCAUCGUCCUUUGUGGAGAGAUGGCCCUGUAAUCCACUUCAUGCUGGCAACGCAAUUCCCCAAUUCCUAAUUUCUGGGAAAUUCACAGAAAAUAUUCACCAUGACCACAGCCAAGAAAAAGAUAACAAGACAGUGGUACUUUAGCUGAGUGCGUGAUUCAGGAUAAAUUCACACAGUUAUUGUUUUUCUUCCAAUUGCAUUUGCCCUGGGCAUCUUUAGAAAGUUGGUGUUAGAUUUUAUAAUUCAAAAGUUGAGCUUGGUGUCUGAGAAAAAUAUUGUGCGCUCAUUGUGAAGUUGCACAUCAAGAUAAUCUGGUAUGAAGGAUCAUUUAAAAGUAUUGUAUCUUCUGUAAAUAAAGCUGACUUCAGCUAGCUGUACACUAUCAAGGAGGGUUUGUGUAAAUAGUGAGCAGCAGGUCAGGUUGGUUCUGUCUUCAGUACUUUAUCUCUCUGCUUGCUAGGAUCGGCAAAAAGCACGUGUUUGUAUUUAUGCCAAUUCAAUGUUAUCAAAGAGAAAUGUACUGAUACUGAAUGUAUCUCAUUAUAUUCAAUAAAUUGUUGAGUUUCUUUA